AUGGCACCCUCCAAGGACAAGGGAGGCAAAAUCAGCCACACGGUCACCCGUGAGCAGAUACUGAAAGAGGAGCAGAUGAUACAGAAAAUUCAAGAUUUUUCUAAAUUGGUUCGGAGCUGGGAGUUUGGUCGAGCAGCCAGCCUGCAGUUGGCCAAAAGUGACGACAUCAGUUUUGCAAAGAUCAAGCAGAGGCAGCAGGCAGAAAUGAAAGAAGAGCUUUACCAGGGAAAUAAGGAGCUGAUGAUGGUUCGGCGAGAAGCCUUGCGUCAUCUCCUGAGCAUCGAGCGUCUGCAGUACCAGAUGGAAUUGAACCACCUGGGCAAGUCAUUCUACGUAGAGCGGCUGUGAAUGUUUGUCUCGGACAUAUGCAGGAGUCCAGAGAACAUGGUAAUAAGAAGCACAAGUGGUCUUCAGCCAGCACUCACUGCCUAGGAAGAUUUUCUUCUCACUGGCUAGCAAAAGGACACAUCGCAGAAGAAAAUUAAAGGAC